UCUCUUAGAAGACAUAUGGUAGCGCUUCCGCCCUCGCCCAACUCUCCCUCAAAGCCCGGGAAAGGAGGGGCGGAGGGCCUGUGUCAUCAGCGUGCGCCGACCUGCCCCUCGACGCGCCAGCGGCUGGCGCAGCCCUUCGCUAGCUCGGCCUCCCCCUCCCUAGUUCUGCGCUCUGGUUCCGCCAUGGAAUCCAACAAGGAUGAAGCCGAGCGCUGUAUCAGCAUCGCUCUCAAGGCCAUCCAAAGUAACCAGCCCGAUCGGGCGCUCCGCUUCCUGGAGAAGGCGCAGCGUCUGUACCCGACGCCGCGAGUUAGCGCUCUGAUUGAGUCCCUCAACCAGAAACCACAGUCUGCUGGUGAACAAGCCCAUCCCACAGAUGCCAGCCACACGUCCCACAGGAAAGCAGCCGGGAGUGACGCCCCCUCGGCCAAUGGCGAAGCUGGAGGAGGAGGAGGAGGAGAGAGCACCAAAGGCUACACUGCAGAGCAGGUGGCGGCUGUGAAAAGAGUCAAGCAGUGUAAGGAUUACUACGAGAUCCUAGGGGUGAGCAGAGGAGCCUCGGAUGAGGACCUGAAGAAGGCCUACCGCAAACUGGCCCUCAAAUUCCACCCAGACAAGAACCAUGCCCCUGGCGCCACGGAAGCCUUCAAAGCCAUUGGCACAGCAUACGCGGUGCUUAGCAACCCGGAGAAAAGGAAACAGUAUGACCAGUUUGGUGAUGACAAGGGCCAGGCUGCCCGGCAUGGCCACGGGCACGGGGACUUCCACCGUGGCUUUGAGGCCGACAUCUCCCCCGAAGACCUCUUCAACAUGUUCUUUGGAGGUGGCUUUCCUUCUAGUAACGUCCACGUGUACAGCAACGGCCGCAUGCGCUACACCUACCAGCAAAGGCAGGACCGCAGGGACAACCAGGGUGACGGCGGGCUCGGGGUAUUUGUCCAGCUGAUGCCUAUCCUCAUCCUGAUCCUUGUGUCAGCCCUCAGCCAGCUCAUGGUCUCCAGUCCACCCUACAGUCUGAGCCCAAGACCCUCGGUGGGCCACAUCCACAGGCGAGUCACUGACCACCUGAGUGUCGUCUACUACGUGGCAGACACCUUCUCGGAGGAGUACACGGGCGCCAGCCUCAAGACGGUUGAGCGGAACGUGGAAGACGACUACAUCGCCAACCUCCGGAACAACUGCUGGAAGGAAAAGCAGCAAAAGGAAGGCUUGCUGUACCGGGCCCGCUACUUCGGCGACACAGACAUGUACCACAGAGCGCAGAAGAUGGGCACUCCGAGCUGCAGCCGGCUGUCAGAGGUGCAAGCCUCCCUGCAUGGAUAGUCCUGGGCCAUCCACGCCAGCCAGGUCCAAACUAUGAAAUCCCUGGAGAAUUUCUGGUGACACUCACUGAGCCAAGGUGACGGACUGUGUAUUUAAGGAAAGACAUACAAAGACAAAAAAUUAAAAUGGCAUUGGAGGCCGAGCACCGCACAGCUGCCCUCUCUCUCGCCCAGUAAAUGCAGAAAGCUCUUAGGACAAACAGAAAACCUGCCACGGGGCUGUUGCCCUCCCUCCAGGGCUGGCAGAGGCUCUGCAUCGCCUGCGCCUAGGAUACAGAAACCAUGGCAACGAAAGUAGAAUGUAAAACUUGCUGUGAAGGGCUGGGGGAGGAGCUGCCCAGCCGCCUCUCCUCCCCCAGGACCCCCGCCAGUCACCUGCAGGAGGAGCUGAGUGGGGAGCUGGCCCAGGGUAGAGAGCAGAAAGAAGAAUCCACAGAAUGUAACUUCGAGAUGAGUGUGAUGUAUAUAUAUCUAUUUAUAUGUAAAUAGGCAUAUAUAAAGAUAUAUAUAUAUAUAGUCUACUUUUUAAACUAUGCAGUGAUUGGGCUAAGUUGUUCAGCUGAUUGCCUCUCUGUUAAAAGAUGAGCCCUAUUUGGAGAAGGCAGCCUGGCCCUUCCAAAGCAGACAUCAGCUAUCGCUGACAGCAUAAGAAAAGACGGGUCUAUGCCUUCAAUGUCCCCUCUCCCCCCAAUGCCAGAUCGUCCCGGAUGGCAGCAGUAAUCAUGGUAUAAAUCCAUAGUAAACUUUGCAGGUUGCCAGGGUUAUACUGAGCUGCAGAAGAAGCAGGCUGUGGGGGGAGAAAGAUGGCCCAGGAGCAGGUACCAGCUUGGUAUUGAGCCAUGGUUCUCCCAGGCCAGCUGCUGCCCCUAUGGCCAGUUCUUAGUCCUGGUUCCAGGAGCCUUUGAGCCAGGGCCCUGCAGGGCUUAGAGAGGGGCCAGGUUCUGCCUGACUCCCCACCCAAGUCCCCAAGUGAAUUUUGCCUUAGAGGUACCACAGGGCACAGCUCCAUCAGUGCCACUGGUUUUCCUAAGUCGCAUACCAAGGACUCCAGAAGGCUCCUCCUCCCAGAAUCAGCCCAGGACAGCAGCUUGACCCACGAAGAGAAGUCCAUGCCUGGGGCGCCUCCAUCAUCACCCGCCGUGGAUGUCACCACCAGGCCUUCUCUUGCGUGGUGGAGGAAGGAUGUAUCUGAACCAGAACGGUUUUUUUUUACCCUCCCCUUCAAAUGAGGAUUUUUCUCAAAGCAGCGGUUGUUGCCAGGGGGUGGGGGUUUUAUUUAUUUCCACAUUUAUACCAGGCCUUUUGGAAUUGCCGUUUUUCCAGAGGUCUUCUGUGGCGGUGGGUGUGCUGUGGAGCCUCCCGUUUCCAAAGCCUUAGUCCCCAAACUGCCAGCCACGAGCUGGUAACUGUCCUCCCACAGUUUCUCUUGGCUCUUUUUUAAAAAGUACCCCCCAAAAUAGGAGACUUGCUGGGAAAAGAAAUUUGGAAAGGAAACAUUGAAUCUGGUUUUUAAACAGGGUCACACCCUGCAACGAAGCGGCCGUUCGUCCAGAGAUCAUGAGAACAACACAGACGAGCGUGCCACACCCGCAGUGGCCCUGGCGCUCCGCCACGGCACCCCGUCUGGUCCUGGUCGCUCGCUGUCCCUAGACAGGCUGAGCUAUGUGCAAUAAGAACGUAGAUCCUAAAGGGUCCUCUAAGAGGCUGUAUUUGUUGAAUUAGAAUUCUGAAGUUGUACAUCUAUAAAUACAUGUUUACUAUGUGA